CUCGGUAAUGGGUUGACGAAUGACGAAGGAACGCCAUAGAUAAAUAUAUAUAUGGAUGCGGCUGUAUCGUUACAUUUAACGUGACACCUGCGUAUUCUUUAAGAAAAUCUCAAUAAAAGAAAGCCAAUCAGUAUUGUCAAUUUUAUUUUGCUCGCCUCUUCUAUAAGCAUCCAGUUCAAAGUUUGAAUCUAAUAUCGGUUUUGUUAUUUGUUUUCUCUGAGCGUUAUUUUUGGAUAAUAAUGGCGAGCGAAGUGGAGAAGAAGGCGGUUUUCGAUAUAGAUUCCGCGAAGGAAGUGGUUCAGGAGUUGAGAGCUAGCUUCGUAGCGGGAAAGACUAAAGACUACGAAUGGAGAAGGACUCAGUUGAAAGCCAUGUUGAAAAUGAUGGACGAGAACGAGCCGCAAAUUGUCGCCGCUCUUCGCGACGAUCUUUCCAAGCCGGAACUCGAAUCCUCCAUCUACGAGAUAGCAAUGCUAAAGAACUCUUGUAAAUUGGCACUGAAGAAAAUGAAGCAUUGGAUGAUGCCAGAAAAGGCAAAAACUUCAUUGGCUACAUUUCCAUCAUCCGCUGAAAUAGUAUCUGAGCCAUUGGGUGUCGUGUUAGUAAUCUCAGCAUGGAACUAUCCUUUCUUGCUGUCUCUUGAUCCAUUUAUUGGAGCUAUUGCAGCUGGUAAUGCUAUAGUCUUAAAGCCAUCAGAAAUUUCUCCAGCCACUGCAUCAUUGCUUGCAAAGCUGGUAGCGAAUUACAUGGAUAGCUCUUGCAUAAAGGUUGUUGAAGGGGCUGUUCCUGAAACAACAGCACUACUCGAGCAAAAGUGGGACAAAAUAAUGUAUACAGGCAAUGGAAGAAUUGCACGCAUUGUGAUGGCAGCUGCUGCAAAGCACUUAACACCAGUUGUUUUGGAGCUUGGAGGAAAGUGUCCAGUUAUUGUUGAUUCAGGCAUCAAUUUACAGGUUGCAACUAGGCGGAUAAUUGCGGGCAAGUGGGGAUGUAAUAAUGGACAAGCCUGUAUUUCUCCCGACUACAUCAUUACAACAAAGGAUUAUGCUGUGGAGUUGGUAAGGUUACCUGUUUAUGUUUACAUUUGUAAUCUAGUUCUUUUCAAUCUUUCUUCUCAAGCACUUUUCAUUCUGCAGGUAGAUUCUUUCAAAUGUGAAUUGGAGCUAUUUUAUGGCAAAAAUCCAUUGGAGUCAAAAGACUUGUCUCGCGUAGUGAAUUCUAAUCACUUUGCCCGUUUGCUAAAGCUUUUAGAUGAGGACAAGGUUUCAAGUAAGAUUGUCUAUGGAGGUGAAAGAGAUAAAUCGAACUUGAAGAUUGCUCCCACUAUCUUGCUUGAUGUCCCACAAGAUUCACUGAUCAUGAAUGAAGAGAUAUUUGGUCCAUUGCUUCCAAUUAUCACGAUUGACAAAGUGGAAGACAGCUUUGAUCUGAUAACUUCUGGAGCAAAACCACUAGCAGCAUAUAUGUUUACCAAUAACAAGAAGCUGAAAGAGAAAUUUGUUGAAAAAGUCUCUGCAGGGGGUUUGGUUAUCAAUGAUACUACUGUACAUCUUGCUGAGCCCACUUUGCCAUUUGGAGGAGUCGGGGACAGUGGAAUGGGUGCGUACCAUGGGAAAUUCUCCUUUGACACUUUUAGCCAUAAGAAGGCUGUUCUUUAUAGAAGUUUUGCUGGUGAUGCACCUCUAAGAUACCCACCGUACACGGAUGGAAAGCUCGGGUUACUAAAGGCUCUUCUUGGUGGUAGCAUAUUAGGCAUAAUCCGUGCUUUGAUGGGAUGGUCUAAGGCUUAAAAGAGAAAACCUAUGUGGCUAUCUCUGUUGUAACUUUUUAUUAUUUUUUUCACGUUAUGCAAUUUACUGAUUUCAAUAUAUUUUCAAGCAUGUAAGUCUGUUUAAAGACUACGGUUGUAUAGUUUUCUUUUUUCGCUUAAAAUCAAUGUGAUGAUUUGAGAAUCAUUUUAUACGAAUGAAUUGGCACUGAUGCAGUUCAACAUUGUAAAAA